AGUCGACUGUUACACUCAGUCUUUACCAGGUUGCGUCUCAGUGAGUGCCCAGUCGUCAGUUAGUAGUUGCACAAUGGCGCGUACGGUUGGUGCUGCUUACACGUCAUUAUUAAUUUCGUAUUGUCUGUGUCGUCGUUGUUUCUAAGCGGAGAUCGGCUUAAGGCCUCUUAGGCUUUAACUGUUCCCCGAUUACGAAUUAUUCGUAUAAUAUAUGAUAUAAUAAUUCAUCAUCAAAGUGAUUAUUAUAUUAUUAUUAAAUUGGAAAUAUUUAACCGCAUUUUAUUACGGCUAUAUAUAUCUAUAUAUAUAUUAUAACGCUAUAAGUAAUCAAUAUCCGCUGAAGAAAUCACGACAAUAUUUUUUUCAUCACCGGAUUCAUCCGGUUUGACAUUGACAAUUACGAUAAAUAUUAUUAUACGAAAUAUUGUUGUUACAUUACGGUAACAAUAAUUACGUAUAUUAUUUCAAUUUGAAGAAUAAAAAGAAAAGAUUUAAUGAGACUUUUUUUACUUAAAAAAACUAAGAAUAAUAAAUCAGGGUAAUUUGGUGAUUCAUUAAGUUCAUCAGGUCAAAAUUAAAUAAUUCCGUCCACGGGAAUAAACAAUUACCACGACGAAAUCAAGUCCCACCUAUUUAUAAAAUUAAAUAAUAAAACAGUGAUAAUUAAUAAUUAUAAUAGGAGUAAUGAUAGUAAUAAAAUAAAAUUAUAACUUGUUACUGCAGUUACCUGAAGAAUAUAUAAAAAAAAUGAAAGCAGCGCUUCGGUAAAUAAUUAUUCGACCACACAAUCGAUAAUAAACACGUGGUUGUUAAGUUUUACGUAAAGUGUAAAAAUAAUUAACAUUCAUAUAAAUGUUUGUAUAAUGAGUGAAUACUGAUACGCAACUGGUUGGUCGGUUUGUAAUAAAGAUAGAAUAUUACAAACAGAGUUAAUAAUAACGAAUUAACAAUUAAGAGAGAAUAAAAAAACUGAGUAGAAGAAAAAUAAUAAUAAACACCAGUAAAGUGUUCCAAUUUAACGAAGGUCAUCGUUGUUGUAAGCCAUUGCAACUCACUACUACUUGUCUCAGUGGUGUUGUAGCAAACGGUAAUUACGGUGGGACAUAGACAAGAAAGGAUUGUUUGUUAUUUUAAUAUACAAGAGUGUAAUUCAGUGUCUAAGAAGAGGUCCAUUUGUUGGAUUCUAAGUGUGUGUGCGUGUGUGUGCCUAAAAACGGAGGAUAAAAUCCGUGUGCUCGCGCAAUAUGAGAUUGGCCAAUCGUCAGCAUCCGCUGAAUUUAACAGUGACGCGAAUCAACAAUGGCAAGUUCCUGGUUAAUCCAAAUGGACAUCAAGAAGUCAAUCAGCCGAAUUGUAAUGAUAACCAAGAGCCGGCACCGGUGUCCCCAGUUGUAUUUCCAAGCUGUGAAUUUGUACCGACGACUCAGCAUGGUCCCACGAUACUUGGUGACAGAUUUUUACUUGUCGGACCGGCUGAGGGCAGUGCUCUUUACCGGUGUGUUGAUGUUCAAACUGGUCAACAACUCGUUGCCAAGCAACUCACGGCAAGUGACAAAGGUGGCGAGGCACUUUUGCAAGCUCAUAUGAGACUGGAAGGCACAGGAGCGGCAAGUGCUGUCGCUGGGAUAGUUGAUGCUGGUCGUGAUAAAAAAUAUUUACUACUAGAGGGUCAUCACGGUGAUCUCCAUGCAUAUGUGAGGGCAAGACGGCGACUACGCGAGCCUGAGGCGAGACGGCUUUUUAGGCAAGUCUCCAAGGCUGUUGCUACGUGCCACGAGAAUGGUGUCGUGCUCAGGGAUCUCAAACUCAGGAAAUUCGUCUUUGCUGAUGAAGCGAGGACACGAUUACGGCUGGAAAGCUUGGAAGACGCAGUGAUUGUUGAUGACGAUGAUGAUAAAUUAACAGAUCGCCGCGGAUGUCCAGCUUAUGUAGCGCCAGAAGUUCUACGUUCAGGGCGAGCUUACUCAGGCAAAGCUGCGGAUAUCUGGUCACUGGGUGUAUUACUUUACACAAUGUUAGUUGGUCGUUAUCCAUUCAAUGACGCAGAGCAUGCGUCGCUUUUUGCUAAAAUAUCAAGAGGACUGUUCAGCGUACCAGAUCUAUUUAGCGCACGUGCACGGUGCCUGAUCCAAGCUAUAUUGAGGCGAGAACCUUCAGAAAGGCCAGACGCACCGGAUUUACUAAGGCAUCCGUGGUUAUCGAAACCAUUGUUAAGUUCUUCGCAUAUCACCGGUAAAAUGUCUAACCACGAUCAGAUCGUUCCUGACAACCAGACCAAUCGUUCUCAAGACUGAUUUCGUGAAUAUUAUAUUCCAAUAAUUGCGUACAUUUUACGAUAAUCAUCUAUAAUUAUUGUCAUUUCAGAAUUUUCUGUUAAUUCUUUUUUUUUUUUUUAAUUUGAUUAUUUUUUCUUUGGUUAAAUCCUUGAUAAAAUAAUUUUUAUUUCUGUUGAUUUUUUUUUCUCUAUAGUUAAAUUAUUCAUGCGUAUGCUUUUUUCUUGUUAAUUAGCAUUCGUAAUUAAAAUUGUGCAUUCACACCUGAUUGUACAGUAACACCAAUGUUCAUUUGUUAUUUUUAUUUGUUUUUUUUUUUUUUUUUUUUUUAAAUUAUUACAUUUACUGAACGCAAAUCCAUUCUUCCGUACCUUCGGGUAAAAAUGCCAGGCGUGUUCCAGAUUAAAGUCUGUGUACACAUCGUGAUUGCAGAAGAAAAAUAACUUAAAGAUUAGAUACUUUAAAUGAGAUAAACAUUUAAUAAAUUGUUGCUUAAGGGCUCCCAAGUGAUAAAAUCAAAUCUUACAUAAAUAUUCAUUCAUUUUUAUGCCAUAAAUUUGUUAUUUUAAAUCAUUGUAUGUAUAUUUAAUAAUAAUAUUUAACUGGUAUAUGAUAUCAAUUAUUUUGAGAAAAAAUUUUUCAAGUAUGGAAAAUAUUUUUCAUAAAUUUCAGAAUAUUAAAUUUUUUUCUUUGUUUUUUUACUAUUCGUAGAACUCUUAAUUGAUUUUUAGUUGAUAUUUAAGAACAAGUGUAUGUAAUCUUCAAUGAAGUCUGUAACUGUAAAAAUACUACCCUUCCUCUUCAUUAUUAUUAAUAAUAAUAUUAUUAUCAUUACUUUCAUCAGUACUAUUAUUAUUGUUAUAAUUAAUAUUAUUUUUUUACUCCAAAUUUUUGGAGUAUACGGCUGAAUAUUAUUAUAACAAUGCUUUCGUCGUUGAAGAUAAAAAUGUGUAUCAUACAAAUAUUUAACUUCAUUUAAUUAAAUUUAAUGUCUUAAAGUUAUAGAACGAUAAAACAAGUGAUGUAAAUAACUAGGUAGUUAAUAAGUGAACGUAUGUGAAACAUAAAAAAAAACAAAUAUAUGAAACAUAUACAAUAA